CAUGACAAAGAUAGCACUUAGCUAUAAUAUUAGUAAUGGUAAUGACCCACUUGAGUACUACUACUCAAAUCACAGACAUCAUGAGACUCAAGAGUGAGGGACAUCAAAAGAUAAACGCAUUAAACUAUGGAAAUAACUUGUAGCACACUUAUUUUCGUUUGUGGUUAUUUGAUAAAAACAAUCUGUCAAAUUCUUACCAAAGAUGUGACAGGCAUGUAUCGACAACGCUGGCAGCUGGGAAUCGUAAGGCAGUUGGAGGAUCAAAAUGCUGGUGUCCCAAUGGAUUUUGGUGUCGAGCAAUGGAACGAAGACUGGAAAAAAACAGUCGCUCUUCCAGCAACACCAAGUUUUUACUGUCUUGAGGAGAUUCAUAUAUUUGCCUUAGCUAAUAUUCUUCGAAGACCAAUUCUUGUAAUAUGUGCCAAUUUUAAUCGUGGUGACUUCGUACAUUCAUCAAAUUUUUGCACUUAACUGAUAAUUUUUUUUCAUAUAUAAUGUUAACAACGAUUACAAAUACUCAAUUUAUCGUAAUGGCUCCAUAA